AUGGUUAUCUCUCCUGACGGUAUGCGAGAGCUGAGAUCCCGCGUAUCUUUCACUCAGCUGAGAUUCCACUGCCGUAAACAGCAACAUGGACGAACAUUUCAUGUCAAAACGGCCGCGAACGGCUCUGGUGAAGCUGUAGUCGGGUUUUUCGGCGGUGAUACUGACGUUAUUCCCAAAGCCUGUGGCUCAUUUGAGAAACUGAAGGGAGACAACUCAGUCCUUGCAAGUAGAUGCGCAGAAUGGGGGAGGGAAAACGGCGUGUAUCACGUUGGAAAAUGGGUAGAUGAAAGGCAUAAGGGGUUGCAUUUGUACCCAGCAUUCAUUGCAUAUUACCAUCAUUGGGUCACGUCGCCAGGCCAUGACAGAUGGGAAUGUGAUGACAUGGCAAAAGAUUUGUCGCGCGGCGACUUUUGGAAAAUUUAUGUCCGUUAAUUAAUGCAACACUUUGCGACUCUUUAGUGGAAACUCUCGUAACUGGUGUUAAAGGAGCAAACGAAGAUACGUUAAGAUUAGAGCAUCUUGAACUCUUAGCUCAAGGUUUUUGCGCCUGUCGAAAAUCCGUUGUUUUGUUGCACGUCUUAAACAUUAUAUCUCAACUUGUAUGUAUUGUUAUGGAAAGGAAGAAUCAGAAACCAAUAUACACCUGAAGCACGUCACUCAAGUUGUCAGGGGUGUGUACUUUAUGUAGCCCGCACUCUUUGCUGGUUUUGCUUUAUAACAAUAAUUCGGCAUACUAUAACACACUUUUUAUCGAUCAUUGACCAAUCAGAGAUGAGACGUUUCUUUAUGAAUAUAAAAUAACAAUGUAUCAGUCAAAUUAACCUUUCAUGCGACUCCUGAUAAGAUAAUUCAAUCUUUUUUUUUUAUUAUAAAUAUGUAUAUUCUUACAUGUCUUAUAGAAAAUGUUGGUGUUCAUCGCGGUUUUUCAGAUAAAUUAACGUCAAGAAGUACACAAAGAAGUAUUGAAAAAGCAAGAAACGUUAGGUAGACAUGAGUGGAAAGGAGCUGGAAUUUAGAGCACUUGUUGCAGUUGCUAUUUUCCAAAGUAACUUUAAACUCAACAGAUUGUAGUGCUGUGUAUGAUUCUCUUUUAGCCUUGUCAUCAUGAAACCAAUAGUUCAGUUUAUUCAUAGUUACCUCCAUCAGGAGGGAUGUGCUUAUCUCGUUGUUAUUUAUUUUCAACUUUGUUUAAUUUGUUUGUUAAUUUUUUGCUCUGAAAGCGGAUCCUUAGACUUGGGAAUAAACACGAAACUUAGCUGACAGUUUUACUCAUACAUUAUUAUUAAGGAAUUGAAAGUAAGGGCAUAAAUCAACAAUAAUGAACUAUUUUGAGGACUUCCCCACAUGCUGACGUAUGGCGAGAUUUGGAACAAUUUAAAAGGAAUCUUUUCUUGUAAAAUUACUCACCCCCUUAGGGCGAUUUAUUCCUCGCCCCACCUUUUUGUUUUUGUUAAAAUAAAAGAUUGCAGGUAGGAUGUUCACCGAGAAGAAACUGAGCACUCAUUCCCAAUAUUUCGCCUGCUCUGUUGGCUAGAGAAUUGAAGGAAGCUUUUUUUUCCUUUUUUCAUGUACAAAUAUUAUUUAAUUGAGUUUCCAAGAAGUCUCCCAUUACAUAACCUGCUUAUUCGAGAUUGAUAAUUGAUAUUAACUAAAAAGUUAAGGUAUCACAAAAGUUAAAAGACAUUAAUUUUGUUACACUUAACAAAUUUUUAAUGGGCAAAUAUUAUGUUAGGGCACUGUCUCCAUUUCCAGGACAUCCAGAAUUAUAUGGUUGAAUCGUAUGGUUGAAAGUAAGGAGAAUUACAAAUUUGGUCUGGGAGUUAAAGAGUUAACCUCUGUUCUGAUUGUUAGGUGUGAUUAUUUUGGUUUUGGUUUUUUGCCACUGCAUGAAGUGUAGGUAUUUUAGCAAGUAGAAAUAUAAAUAGCAUCACUAAUUGUGUGCGAUCGAUAUUCGUUCGCUUUUGCGAUCAUAAUUCACGUUUGAAUAUGAAAUAUAGCGUGUUAUAAAUAGGAGUAGGUUUACAUUCACCGACACAGCGGUCAAACUUCUGCGCAUGCGCAGACACUUUCACACUGCUAGGAUCAAGUUGUCUCACAAUGAUUUUAAACAACCAGACACCUCUAAGCAAAUAACCUUUGCCUGCGAAAAGUCUUAAUUUUUCCUGUUUUCUACUUUCAUUUCCCUUUACAAUUCUCUAGGUACUGAAUUUUGAGUCACAAUGGUCGUUACUUAUGUUUUCCUAUUUAAAUUUUACACGAAAAUGGGCGAACGGUUAGCCAAGAUUGACUCAUUUGCGCAUGCCUUAAGUAGAAUGGGGGAUGGAAAAGGGCGCGUAUCGUGUUGGAAAAUGGGGACAUGAAGGGCAUAAGAUGCUGUCUGUAUACUCAGCAUUCAUUGUGGGUAGCUAUUGUUGGAUCACUUGGCCAGGUUCUAACGUAUGGCAAUGUGAUGAUACUUUGGAGAAUAUUGCUGCAUCUUGUGGCUUCUGGAGAAUUUAUGUCCGUUGAUAACUUUGCCGUCACUUCUGCGUUCUAGAGCAUUUUCUAUUUACUUUUGAGACGCUAGCAUUCAGUACUACUAUUUAAGAAGUUGCAUUAUGUCAAAUAGUAAAUUAUCUUUCAAAAUAUUGUCGAUUAGAGGAAGACUUCAUUAAGUUAAUUCAGGCGCAAGUUCUUAAAGUUGGCAAUGUUCUGCAGGUACUGAAAGUUGGACAUUACAAUUUUCUCAUAGUACUCAAGGUUGUAACUUGCAAAUCGUUUGGGUAACUUUAUUCAAUAUCUUGAUGUACUACAUUGUAUCAGCAAAUUAAAUUGGCUUUAAAGUGCAAAGUCUCCUGUAGAGAGUCGUUCCGCUUUCGAGUUUAGUCAUCCAAUCAAAUGAAGAAGAGAAUGUACGAAUGUUAUCAACUCUUGGAGGAUUGAAAAAGAAUCCAAAAUGAGAAGUAAUGCUGUAGAUUGUUCCAAAACUUAAACAAAGAGCACUGGGAAAAAAUCCGUAAAUAAUGAAAAAAUAAUGAUUUGUUAUCAUCAACAGUAUUCAAAGCACAUCAGGUUGAUGAGGCCGUGGAAAUCAGUGAGAAUAUCUUAAAUAGAUUCAGUUCCAAUUGUAUGAAACAAAGCGAGGCUAAAAAUCCCAGCUGAUUAAAAUAACGAAAAUACAAUUUUCCCGAAUGUUUUCAAAUUUUAUUCAUAUCAACAUUGAAUUAAUUGUCAUUGAAGCUGAAUAGUGAUUGCAAUGAGGCAAUAUUUCCUUUUUUACAGCUUUGAAAAAAAUUUGAGGAUCUAAGAUUUUCUUGUACUCAUAACUCUUAGAUCAUAUUUUUGUUGGUAAUUUCAUGGAAAAGAGUGUUGUUAAAAACGAAUUUGAAUGCCAGGAGAAAUGUGCUGAGAAGGAAAGCCGCUGUAAAUCGUGUAACGUUUACCUGGAGGAAAACGAUGUAAUUUGUGAGCUGAACGACAAAACUCGACUGAUGAAAGCAGCUGAUUUUAAAAAGAGGAGAGGAUCUACUUACUACGGUUUGGUGCAGGUAAGUUCAGUUGUUUGCGUGAAUUCCUUUAAAUUACGUUUUCUUGGUUCAUACUUAAAUUCAUUAAUCGGCGAUCUUGACAACUCCCGUUUCACGAAGUCGCGUUUUCGCUCUUUGACUACUGAAAUACAUAUAUUUUUGUUUUUUUGGCUCUUUCAAGAAAGUUCGAAUGGAAAAAUACGAUGGGAAAUAUAUAUUUUUGUUUGUUUGUUUUUUUUAACUUUUUCAACAAAGUUCGAAUGACAAAAUACGAUUUCUUCGUGUUUAGUGUUUACCUUGUCAUCGAUAUUUAUUUCGUGCGAGGAAAUCAAUCGACGAAUUAUUUUUGCAGUUAAACAAUGAAACUGGUUAGAUGGAAUUUCUUUGUUUAAACAAAGUUUACUGAAGUCAGUUCUCUGUCUCAAUGCAUCCAUCUAUCUUCUGACUUUUAGAAAGAGUUUCUCAGUUAUUUAUGAUCGGCAAGUUUCCCAAAAAUACAAUUCAAUUGAAACUUAGAAGUGAAAAUACUUCGGUUCCCGAGAAAUGUGCAAAAUUUCCUUUUCAAAUUAUUUAGUUGCUUUGAACUUGAAGGAGAAAUGAAUCGGAAUUAACUAUUAGAAAUCUGCAACCGUGACUGCAAUAUUUGAUUAGUUCAACAUAAAAACGUCAUCAAAAUACAUGAAAACUUGCAACCGUGACUGCAAUAUUUGAUUAUUUGAACAUAAAAACGUCAUCAAAGUACAUAAAAACUUCGAAAAACUUGAAAAAAUGUUUAAAACUGUUCACCAAAUAUUUGGAGACAUUUAAUAAUCACAUUUGACCGGUAUAAUAUGUUCCGAAUCUUUUUCAACGUAGAUUUCCUGCAUUAAAGUUUUUCACGAUGAGAAAGCAGCGAGAAACUCCGGCCAUUGUCAUCCAGGACGCAAAGGGAAAGGCUGCCUAACACGUGAGAAACACUCCAUGUUUUCAACUUCCCUAAGCCCUUACCAUGCAAAUUUUUUAUUGUACCUGCGAGUGAAAAAACAGAAACAGACAGAAACACAUACACGGGUGUGUCGUGAUUCACAUCUCAUUCGGUACAGCUACACCAAGAAGAAAUUUACGUUUGACUGCAUAAGUAAAUGGUCCUAAAUAUCUCACAUCCUCCAUGUCUAUAUUACCCUGCUGACCAAGAACAGCCAUCCGCGACCAAGAUGGUCCGAAUGGAUAAAAACAUAGCACAACUAUUCUUCAAAGCGAAAUUAUUUGGCAAUUGACCCUAAACCAUGACACUAAAAAAUAAAACAUAUUUGUACCUGGCUGGUCUUCCCGUCAUCCUGCUCUGUCCUGCAAGCAGAUUUUGGAAGCUGGAGACUCAAAAGGAGACGGGGAGUACUGGAUCGACCCUGAGAAAAAUGGAAGUUCUUUAAAAGUAUUUUGUGACAUGACAACUGAUGGAGGUAAGCACUGCAAAUAACUCUUUUCCGCAAUUUUGACUGUGUAUUGAACAGCAAAGCUGCAGAGGUAAACGCUUGUGGUAUUUAAACCUGGGAAGAAAUAAAAAAAAAAAAAAAACCAAAAUAUACUGAAAAAUGAUUAAAUACAGAAAAAUAUUCAAAGAAUGCUACGGACAAAAGAAGACAAAACAAAAACAUCUGUUUUAGGGUAGGAGUUUAAGGUGUGGCCUGCAUUUCAAGUGAAAGUUCCAAAAGGCUGGAACCAAACCAGCAGGAUUUUUUUAAGACUCCUUCAGAGUAGCAGGAGCUGAAAAACAGCGAAAAACUCCAGUUUGUGGUCAAAGCAGGGUUUCAAUCUGGAGCCACUGAGGUUAUAACAAGCGAAAAAAACAAUUCUACUAUCUUUUCUUCUCGGCCAUGGCCAUUUUUUAUUGUAAAAACAACAGUGGGUCGUGGAAGAGCUCUUUCCGGUCAACGAAGAAACGCGGUUCACAUUUUUUUUAAUAUUUGGCAGGAGGCUGGCUCCUAAUCUAUAACGUUAUUGCUGGAGGAACUGUGCCCCCCACCAAGUUGAAUAUUGAAAAGACAUAUGCAGGAGUCAGUCGCUACAGCAGCAACAGAAUGGUUCUCUCUCCUGAAGGUAUGCAAGAGCUGAGAUCCCGCAUAUCUUUCACUCAGCUGAGAUUCCACUGCCGUAAACAGCAACAUGGACGAACGUUUCAUGUCAAAACAGCCGCCAACAGUUCUGGUGAAGCUGUAGUCGGGUUUUUCUGCGGUGAUACCGACGUUUUUCCCAAAGCCUGUGGCUCAUUUGAGAAACUCAAGGGAGACAACUCAGUCCUUGCAAAUAAAUGCGCAGAAUGGGGCAAGGAAAACGGCACGUAUCGUGUUGGAAAAUGGGGACAUGAGGGGCAAAAGGAGCUGUAUAUAUACUCAGCAUUCGUUCCGAACCACUAUCAUUGGGUCACGUGGCCAGGCAGUAACAGAUGGGAAUGUGAUGACAUGGCGAACGAAUUGUCGUGCGGCGACUUUUGGAAGAUUUAUGUCCGUUAA